GCGGAUGUUUGCGGGGUCAGGGUGUCAUGGCGGAUGAAUUGCGGCGGCUCGCGCUCCGGUACCGGGAUUACGUCAUCAGGAACCCAGGAGCCGCCGCACAGCUGGAGAGCUCCGUGCGGACCGUGAGCUACCUGCUGGCGGGGCGCUUUGCUGAUUCUCAUGAACUCUCUGAGCUUGUGUACUCUGCGUCUAAUUUGCUGGUGCUGGUGAAUGAUGGAAUAUUCAGGAAAGGCAUCGCUCAGGUACCCCUGGCGAGUGAUACUCAGCAGAGGUUAAUGACAUGGUUGACGGUAUUGGAACAUCUGGAGGUUUUCACAGAAAUGAGCUCGUCCAAGUUGUGGGGUGAGAGCUGUCGCUGGAUGGUGAUUAUCAUAAUCCAGUUGGCAAAAGCUACCCUGAGGAUCCUGCUGUUGCUCUGGUAUAAGGCUGGAAUCCAGACAUCUCCCCCCAUCAUGCCUCUGGACAGAGAGAGACAUCUGCGCAGGAGCAAUAUUGAAGAGAGCAGCACAGAUGGUGAAGAAACCUUGCAGAUUGGCUAUGGCACAUUUAUUGGACUGCGUUCAAGGAGGGUACUCCGGACACUUGACCGCACUCCAUCUCUGCAGUUCCGUCGCUGGGGAGUUCCUCAGGAGGAGGAGAGACACCAGAGAUCACAGAUGGAAAUUCAGCACCCUCCGAUCCUGCUGAGCCAUCAGGAGACCCUGGCCGAGUCACUGUACAUCACCCGACCAUUGUUACACCUCAUGGCAUUAGGAAUAUGGGGACAGAAAUCCUGGAAGCCAUGGCUCGUGUCUGGAAUCCUGGACAUUGCGAGCUUGAGUUUGAUGAGAGAUCCCAAGCAGAUGAGACAGGCUGAGCGUGCUGAGCUGCGUCGAAGGACCUUCCUGUUGUUGUAUUACUUGCUGCGAUCCCCAUUCUACGAUCGAUAUGCUGAGACUAAGAUCCUCUUCCUGCUCCGGGUGCUCGCUGAUUAUGUUCCAGGAGUUGGCCUGGUGGCUCAAGACACAAAGAACAUCACAGGAACAUUUGAAAAACAAGAAGUAAAAGGGAAUGAAGAAUGGAAAACAAUGGCAAUUACUAGGGAAAAGGUCCACUUAUGGAUUAUUUACCAGUUUGGCAGAAGAUAUAUUUUUAUAAUUGGGGCUGACCAACCUUUCACCAACAUAUUGGAAAGUAAAUUGUACUGUUCAUUAUCAACUGUAUUCAACCAGCAUUGUACACAGCUUGGCCCAUCAGAGAUUCCCUUUCCUGUGUGUCAUCCAGAAACGGUGCAACCGAGACUAGCUCACAGUCUGACUGUAUAAGUGUGUGACCAGCUCCCACAGUCUGACUGUAUAAGUGUGUGACCAGCUCCCACAGUCUGACUGUAUUAGUGUGUGACCAGCUCCCACAGUCUGACUGUAUAAGUGUGUGACCAGCUCCCACAGUCUGACUGUAUAAGUGUGUGACCAGCUCCCACAGUCUGACUGUAUAAGUGUGUGACCAGCUCCCACAGUCUGAAUGUAUAAGUGUGUGACCAGCUCCCACAGUCUGACUGUAUAAGUGUGUGACCAGCUCCCACAGUCUGACUGUAUAAGUGUGUGACCAGCUCCCACAGUCUGUAUGUGUGUGACCAGCUCCCACAGUCUGACUGUAUAAGUGUGUGACCAGCUCCCACAGUCUGACUGUAUAAGUGUGUGACCAGCUCCCACGUCUGACCAUAUAACCGUGCGGUCAGUUCAAAGUCUGACCGUAUAACCGUGUGAUCGGCUCUCAAAGUCUGACCGUAUAACCGUGUGAUCGGCUCUCAAAGUCUGACUGUAGAACUGUGUGACCAGCUCACAGUCUGACUGUAGAACUGUGUGACCAGCUCACAGUCUGACUGUUGAACUGUGUGACCAGCUCACAGUCUGACUGUUGAACUGUGUGACCAGCUCACAGUCUGACUGUUGAACUGUGUGACCAGCUCACAGUCUGACUGUAGAACUGUGUGACCAGCUCACAGUCUGACUGUAGAACUGUGUGACCAGCUCACAGUCUGACUGUAGAACUGUGUGACCAGCUCACAGUCUGACUGUAGAACUGUGUGACCAGCUCACAGUCUGACUGUAUAACUGUGUGACCAGCUCUCAGUCUGACUGUAUAACUGUGUGACCAGCUUCCACAACCUGCCUGUAUAACUGUGUGACCAGCUCUCUCAGUCUGACUGUAUAACUGUGUGACGGAAACCAGCUCAUAGCCUAACUAUAUAACUGUGUGACUGACUCACAGCCUGACUGUAUUACUGUGUGACUGGCUUAUAGUCUGACUGUAUAACUGUGUGACUGGCUCACCGUCUGAUGGCAUAAAUGUGUGACCAACUCACAGCCUGACUGUAUAACAAUGUGACCGGAUCACAAUCUGACCACAUAACAGUGCGACCGGCUCUCAGUCUGACCGUAUAACUGUGUGACCAGUUGAUCGUCUGACUGUAUAACUGUGUGACUGGCUCUGUCUGACUGUAUAACUGUGUGACUGGCUCUCAUUCUGACUGUAUAACUGUGGGACCGGCCCUCAGCCUGACUGUAUAACUGUGUUAUUAGCUCGCAGUCUGACUGUAUAACUGUGUGACGGCUCUCGGCCUGACUGUAUAACUGUGUGACCAGCUUGCAGUCUGACUGAACAACAGUGUGACUGGCUCAAUGUCUGACUGUAUAACUGUGUGACUGGCUCACUGUCUGACUGUAUAACUGUGUGACUGGCUCACUGUCUGACUGUAUAACUGUGUGACUGGCUCACUGUCUGACUGUAUAGCUGUGUGACUGGCUCACUGUCUGACUGUAUAACUGUGUGACUGGCUCACUGUCUGACUGUAUAACUGUGUGACUGGCUCACUGUCUGACUGUAUAGCUGUGUGACUGGCUCACUGUCUGACUGUAUAACUGUGUGACUGGCUCACAUAGUCUGGCAGUAUAAAUGUGUGACCGACUCACAGCCUGACUGUAUAACAAUGUGACCGGCUCACAAUCUGACCACAUAACAGUGUGACCGGCUCUCAGCCUAACUGUGUGAUAGGCUCACAGUCUGACUGUAUAACAGUGUGACCGGCUCUCAAUCUGACUGUAUAACUGUGGCUGUCUCUCACUCUGACUGUAAAACUGUGUGACUGGCUCACUGUCUGACUGUAAAACUGUGUGACUGGCUCUCAGUCUGACUGUAUAACUGUGGGACCAGCCCUCAGGCUGACUGUAUAACUGUGUUAUUAGCUCGCAGUCUGACUGUAUAACUGUGUGACGGCUCUCGGCCUGACUGUAUAACUGUGUCUCCAGCUUGCAGUCUGACUGAAUAACAGUGUGACUGGCUCACUGUCUGACUGUAAAACUGUGUGACUGGCUCACUGUCUGACUGUAAAACUGUGUGACUGGCUCACUGUCUGACUGUAAAACUGUGUGACUGGCUCACUGUCUGACUGUAAAACUGUGUGACGGCUCACUGUCUGACUGUAAAACUGUGUGACUGGCUCACUGUCUGACUGUAAAACUGUGUGACUGGCUCACUGUCUGACUGUAUAACUGUGUGACUGGAUCACAAUUUGACUGUAUAACUGUGUGACUGGAUCACAAUCUGACUGUAUAACUGUGUGACCAGUUGACCAUCUGACUGUGUGACUGGCUCACAGUUUGACUGUAUAACUGUGACUGGUUCAUAUAGUCUGGCGGUAUAAAUGUGUGACCGACUCUUAGCCUGACUGUAUGACAAUGUGACCGGCUCACAAUCUGACCACAUAACAGUGUGACUGGCUCACAGUCUGACUGUAUAACAGUAUGACCAGCUCUCACUCUGUCUGUAUAACUGUGUGACCAGUUGACCAUCUGACUGUAUAACUGUGUGACUGGCUCUCAGUCUGACUGUAUAACUGCGUGACCAGCCCUUAGCCUGACUGUAUAUCUGUGUUAUUAGCUCGCAGUCUGAUUGUAUAACUGUGUGAUGGCUGUCUGCCUGACUGUAUAACUGUGUGACCAGCUUACAGUCUGACUGUAUAACAGUGUGACUGGCUCACUGUCUGACUGUAUAACUGUGUGACUGGCUCACUGUCUGACUGUAUAACUGUGUGACUGGCUCACAAUCUGACUGUAUAACUGUGUGACUGGCUCACAAUCUGACUGUAUAACUGUGUGACUGGCUCUCAGUCUGACUGUAUAACUGUGUGACCAGUUGAGUGUCUGUCUGUGUGACUGGCUCACAGUCUGACUGGCUGGCUGUAUACCUGUGUGACUAGCUUGCAGUCUGACUAUAACAGUGUGACUGACUCGCUGUCUGACUGUAUAACUGACCGGCUCACAGUCUGACUGUAUAACUGUGUGACUGGCUCGCAUGGCCUGACUAUAUAACUGUGUGACCGGCUCGCAGUCUGACUGUAUAACAGUGUGACCGGCUCACAAUCUGACCGUAUAACAGUGUGACUGGCUCUCAGCCUGACUGUAUUACUGUGUGACUGGCUCACAGUUUGACUAUAUAACUGAGACACCAGUUCACAGUCUGACUGUAUAACUAUGACCGGCUCACAGCCUGACUGUAUAACUGUGUGACCAGUUCACGGUCUGACUGUAUAACUGCAUGACCAGCUCACAGUCUGACUAUAUAACUGUGUGACCAUUCCUGCUUACUCCAGGUUAGCUGUAACUGGCUGUCAGACUAUUGUAAUUGCCCACAAUCUCCAAUUCUGAGCUUUUCCAAGAGCAUUACACAGAAUCUGGUCUGUGUUUGUGGGAAAUAUUUGCACAAGUCCCUAGUGACAGAAAGGGACUGAACAUGGCUCUGGGCCAGACUACUGGCUACUCUCUGCACUGCCUCUGAACAUAUCUGCAAUAGGAAACCCUCGUCUACCUUGCACCAGCUGUGUUGCGGGCAAGUUACACUGCCCAUCUGAAUCACUGGUUGAUUCUGCCAGUGUAGCGGCAAGUAUACAGUUGCUUCAAUCACAUUGAAGGGUGGUGAUUUCAAUGUUUUUUUAUAUAUCAGCUCCCAGAAUAAGUGGAAAUUAUGGGGUAAUAAAUGCAGCUUUAUGCAUA